CAGUCCUGCCUAUCUGUUUGCCCGUCAAGAAGCACCCUUCCUAUGACCAGAUCUAUGUCGUGAAAAUGACUACUGGGGAUGAUGGCCAGAUUCUGAAGGAGAUAAUCUCAAUGAUUGCCAUUGACAACAAAGACUGCGAUAUGUUCUAUGAAAAGGCUGAGCUGGACUUCAAGAUGAUGAUGCCCUCUCAGCCAAUUUGCGCGGCAACCCUCGAGCAACAGCCGGCCUGCAUAUGGGACGGCGGCGCUGUACUGGUCACUAGAGAGCUGGAUAACUUUUGGACACUGGUAAAAACUUCACAAUGUUGCCCUCUCAGCCGAUUUGCGCGGCCAUUCUCGAGCAACAACUGGCUUGCAUAUGGGACGGCGGCGCUGUACUAG